AUGCCGCCUCAGGAGUUUCUUGCGCGGUCUGGGCGACACAACUAUCACUACGACUACGAGCACAGCGACUUCCAGGCCGUUCUCCACGGUAUUCGGAGCGUUCGGAUCCCAGCCGCCGGCUUUGCUUCGAUGCCGGUGGAUGCUUCUGAGGGCUCCCCAAGGACACCAGCAGUAGCGGUGGUGCUUGCAGCGCCGCUCAGCUAUACCGACGAUGCCACCGAGGCCGAUGUGGUCACCAUCAAGACGUCGCCCAAGAUGAAGCAGCCGCCGAAGUACGACAUCGACGCCACAUUCUGGACCAUGAAGACAGAGGCCAUGGAACGUCCCUCGCCAGACUACCUCAGCCAUCGACAGGGAGGGGAGAUGAUGAUGAUGGACCGCGCCGACCUCAUCGACAAGAUGCAUCGCUUCUCCACACACUACGACCUCGCCCCGGGAGCGUUCCACCACGCAGUCUCCUUCGUCGACCGAUUCCUGUCGGCCAAGAAGAUCAACCGCGACGAGCGUCAAAUUUGCCUCCUCGGCGCCGCAGCCGUCUUCGCGGCAGCCAAGUACGAGGACAGGAACACCGUGCUGAAGAUCAACUCCGACCACGUCGCCAUGUACGCUGGGUGCACCCGAAGCGAGGCUGUUGACCAGGAGCGCGAGCUGGUUGCCGUGCUCGGCUACCGCCUGAGCGGACCCACGGCCUACACGUUCGUCGGGCACUUCAUGAGGCACAGCCAGGAGGAGGAGGUGGUCAGGGCCCUAGCGCAUCACCUGGCCGACAUGGCGUUGCCGGACUACAGGUGUGUGGCGUUCCUGCCAUCCGCCGUGGCCGCGUCGGAGAUCUUGCUGACGAGGACGGCCCUGUACUAUUCGACGGCGGUGCCGGUGGAUGCAGGCUACUAUAGGCUCGAGGAGCUCAGCGACUGCAUACAGGCGAUAUACGACAUGCAUGAGAACCUGUGGGUGUGGCCAGGGGUGCGCCCAGAUGAUGGUACACUGGGAGAGCACUGCUCAGUUCCGCUAUUUCUUGUCUCCCCUGUCAAUGCUGAUUGCCAUGCAUUGACUGACCUGUACAAACACGCUGCUGCUGCUGCUGCUGCUGCUAAUAGAUGCCCCCCCGCGCUAAACCCAUCACCGCCACCAUGCGAAGAAGCAUCGGCGCCGCCGCCGCCGCCGCCGCCAGGCGGCACACCCACUCCCAUACUCCUGCGCCCCGCCUUCUCCUCCUCGUCUGGAAGCGGCGGCGGUGAUGGCGGUUUCGGGCACGGGCGUGGACGCGGCCUGCCGGCCUCCGGGCAGCCGCGCGCUCCCGGGAGGCCCAUUUCCGACGACGAUGGCGCGGAUCCCUUCUCCGCCACAGCAUCCGUCGGCCGCGGCCGCGGGGAGCCUGCGGUACCCUCAUCCCCCAGCAUCCCGUCCUUCGCCGUGUUCUCUGGCGUCGGUCGCGGCCGCGGAUCCCCACUGCCCCCGCCGCCACCCCGCGAGGACGCCCCCAAGCAGCCGAGCUUCACCAAGCGCUUCGACAACGCUCCUCAGCGCCCCGAUCCGGAGCCGCCGAGUCUCGAUGCCUCCUCCUCCGCGGCGCCGCUCCCCCGCACGCUCCCGUUCUCCGGCGCCGGCCGCGGGGCCCCCCGGACGCAGCAGCCUGCACCGGAUAAGCCUCCGGAAGAGAACCGGUUCAUCCGGCGCCGCGAGGCGGCAAAACAGGCUGACGCCGAGCCGGCGAAACAGGCCGCCGCCGCGCAGCAACCGAAGUUGUCGCAACAGGAAGCCGUGGAUCGGGCGGUUGAACUCCUGGGCGGCGGGGACCGCAGCGGCGAAGAUGGCGGAGGGCGUGGUGGCAGGGGUCGCGGCUCCCGUGGCCGUGGCCCGGGCCGCGGCCGAUUCAGGGGGCGCGGGCGCAGCGACGGCAGGUCCUUUGACGUGGAAGACGACCGGCAAGCGAUCUACUUGGGAGACAACGCUGAUGGCGAUAGGCUAGAGAAGCGGCUCGGCGAGGACAAGAUGCAGACUCUGGAGCAGGCGUUCAUGGAGGCAGCAGAUAAUGCGCUGCCAGAUCCAAUCGAGGAUGGUUACCUCGAGGCUUUUCACACAAAUAGCAUGAUCGAGUUUGAGCCAGAGUACCAUGUGAAUUUUGGUAAUCCUGAUAUUGAUGAGAAACCACCAAUGUCCUUGGAGGAGAUGCUUCAGAAGGUGAAGCCCUUCAUAGUUGCAUUUGAGGGCAUCCAGAACCAGGAAGAAUGGGAGGAAUCUGUGAAAGAUGUAAUGGCUAGAGCCCCCCAUAUGAAAGAGCUCAUAGAUAUGUACAGUGGACCUGAUGUUGUGACUGCAAAACAACAAGAGGAGGAGCUGCAAAGAGUUGCAAACACUCUUCCAGAAAGCAUCCCUUCUUCAGUAAAGCGGUUUACUGACAAAACUCUACUCUCUCUUAAGAACAAUCCUGGCUGGGGUUUUGACAAGAAAUGCCAAUUCGUGGACAAGUUUACUUGCAUAGUUUCAGAGCAAUACAAGUAG